UAUUUGUCAACUAAAUAUCAACAAACAAUUGUAAGUUAUACAAUUUCCUCACUAUCCUUGUUUUCAAUCGUUGAGAACUGAAUAUGCUGGUUCCGUCUGACUCCGGUGGCAAAAAGCGAGAAAAUCACGUGGUACCAUCAAAUGUGGUGAAAGGGAAUGAGUGUAAGCUGAAAGAAGCUCCAUUGUGCACACUUAUUGUGUCAUUUACAGAUGAUGAGGCAAAAGAUGUGACAUCUGCUCACGUGUUUACCAUGACCACUCCGCAAUUGUACCCACAGACUAGAAAAACAGUCUACAAAAAUGGGUCCUCAUCACAAAUGUCGUUAACAUCCACACCAUUUAGUACCGACGAUGAGCGAUACAGUGGGUAUACCAAUUCUGCGAUGUCACCUCCCCUCCAAAAGCAGUUAAUUCAAGAAGUAUCGCUUUCAUAUUCCGCUCCAUACACAUCCACAGUUAAGCCUUCAAGGCAUGACCUGCCGCUUGCCUUCUCACCAUAUUCCCUGGACUCAGAAAUAGAGGACCUUCAUUCCCACACAUAUUCUCAGCUGUCAAACCGUUCCAACGGGAACAAAGUUGAAUCGGCAGAAAGAAUUUAUACAGCAAGCAGAAAAGAGACUGAGUUUCCAGCAAAAGCUGAUCCGAUACCAUACUUUUCUGCUCAGUCGGCAAUAAAAGCUGGCAGAGAAAGUCCGUCUUACACAACAAGAAGUACACCAACUCCCAGACAGACACCUAUUUCGUUUGAUCAGGCUUCAACUGCAAGAUUGGAUAGUGGUCUAUCUCAGAAUUUGAUUGUUUCAGAAAGCACAACUUUUGAGGAAUUGACAACUAUUACUACAUCAAACAAUCGAACCACUAGAAAGAAAGAGAUCAAAACCGAGAUGCCAACUGUGAACGCCUUGACCAAACAAUUUGAAAUUUCGUCGCAGCAGGAAAAAGUCGUUCCGUUGAAACCAAGAAAAAGCUCCAAUGUUGAUUACAAUGGAAAUGGGAAUUCGAGGAGCCGUGUUGUGGUUAUUGAUAAGUCACAGAUGAAAAGUCACAAAAAUGGAACCUACACUCCGAAUCGAUCCGCCAUUGUUUACUCACCAGGCGGCAUAUUAACAACCACUAUUGUUGACAUUGAACCAGCACGAUUUGGAAGACGAACCGAGGAGUAUAAAAUCCAAGAAGAGUACAUAGUUCAGCGAUAUGAUAAUGGAAGCUCUCCAAACUAUCAGAGACAAGAGCAAGGAUAUCAGCAACAACAGCAGCACCGGAGCAGAGAAUACAAAACGCAUCGUCAGGAAAAGCAAGAAAACUACAACCAGCGAAGUUACAGUGCAACUGAAAAUCGAGAAGUUGACGCUCCUGUGGAUACAUCUCCCAUUGAUGUAGUGAAAAAUGUCAUUGAUCGCUGGGAAACUAAGAUUGGAGGAACUACUACUCGCUUCUACGCAAGCGAUCAACAACUACGUUCGGUAUCACGAGUUGAUAUGAAUGAUAAUGUGCCAAGAUCCGCACAAGAGAAAAUAAUUGUUCACCAAAGAAGUGAAUCCCAACCGACCGAGCGUGUCAUCCCAAUUUCCCCUUUACCACAUCGAGUUGAGCCUACAAGGACUACACAAUCUGGAGGACUGCUUCAAACAUAUGAAGAACUGAAGACAGUGGUUGUCAAACAAUCUUCUGACCAAACCCCCCAGAAAAUCGUCCCAAGAGCCCAAAGCCCAGUAACGUCUCCUGUCUUCAAAGAGACGAUUUUGUCUCCGCCACCAAUUCCAACUCCUUCUCCAACUUCUGAUAUCGCUGAAGAGGUUCUGAGAACUGAUGAAACAACACAGCACACCGCUAUCACUAUGCAUUCCAUUGUGACAAAAGAAGUCAAACAGGAGGCCAAGGAGAAAAUUAAUAGCGUCACUGAUAACGCUGAAAUGAAGGAGAAGGUUGUGGAAAUUGCGAAAAAUGUCGAAUAUGAGUGGGAAAAGAAACCGCUGACACCAACUCCUACUCCGAUUCCUCCUCAGCAACAAGAAGUAAAACAGGAGGAAUUGAAAGUUGAGAAUAAAAUUGAAAACGAUCAAAAUGAAGUUCAUUUGCAUAAGUUUUUGGAUAGAGACUAUCGAAUUAAAACCUAUGAGGAGUACUCUACGACCAAGAGGCUGAGAGACAGAUCACAACCGCCUGAGAGACCACCAACUUCGUAUUCGUCAUACUCUGAUCGAUCUCGAUCAAUCGAUAGAACAUAUGAAAGAAGAGUUCUGGGAAGUGGAAUGUCGAGGACUUAUUCGGAAGGUCGUGGACUUGCCAGUGGAACAUAUGCUUCUGGCUUUGGCCAGCUUGUCAGUGGAAUGUCAUCUGCUGGAGCCAUCUGCACAACCCAAAUCCGUGACGCGCGUGAACGUGAGAAGAGAGAAAUUGGUCUCUUGAACGAUCGUCUCGCGGAUUACAUUGAGAAGGUUCGUUUUCUGGAAGCUCAAAACCGAUGCCUCAGCCACGAUAUUGAUAUUCUUCGCAACGGAUUCAGCGGUGGAGGUCAUGUAUCUGGACUCUUUGACGCUGAGAUCAACCAAGCAAAGCAUAUUCUUGAGCAAACAACCGCUCACCGCUCCACAUUUGAAAGAGACAUCACUGGUCUCUCCGCGGAGAUUGAAGUGUUCAGAAAGAAAUGGCUGGACGCUGUCAACGCCGUCAAAGCUCAUCGUGAGGACCAUGAUGUGGAUUUGGACAGACUUGCCAAGAUUGAAGCUGAAAUUUCACUUUUCAAAAGAAAGAUCCGUAUUGUUGAGGAAGACGUCAUCAGAAUUCGCAGAGAAAAUGACGGAAUUUACAAUGAAAUCGCCAGAAUCAAGCAGCUUACCCAUAACGAAAUUGCUCUGAAGAAUGAGCGCAGCUUGAAUGUCUCCGAUCUUCUUCAGCGCAUCAACCUCCUACAAACGGAGAACAACGUCAGAAUCGAGCAAGAACUUGUCUUCAUCCGCCGUGACACCACUGCCGACAACCGUGAUUACUUCAGACAUGAGCUUCAAGCCGCCAUUCGUGACAUCCGUGCCGAUUAUGAAGCCAUCAGCAUCCGCAACCGUCAAGACAUUGAAGUGUGGUACCGUGAGCAAAUCAGAAAGAUUCAGGACGAAUCAGUUCGCGUCAACCCAGACCUCUACAAGGAAGAACUCAUCUCCAUCCGCACGACCGUGACAAAUGUCCGAAGCAGACUUGCCGAGGUUGAAGGAAGAAACUUCUUCCUUGAGCGGCUCAUUGAUGACCUAAAGAACAACGAGGAAGCCAAGUUCUUCGAGAUCAGCCUUGCCGAGAGAGACGCCCAGAUUGCGACCCUCCGUGACCAGUGCACAGAGCUCAGCAUUCAAAUGGAGAAACUCUGUGACAACGAAAUUUCCCUCCGCGCCGAAAUCGAGCGCUAUCGCAUCCUCCUCAACGGAGCAAACGUGACAACGUACACCUCCAAUACGCACGGAAGCGGCUCUGGAAUCGCAGUCGGUGGUGUUGUUGGAGGAUCAACCCGCGUUAUAUCUCAAACCACGAGAACCCACAGCAGCAGCAAUACGAGCUACUCAAAUGUCCCUGCCUCUAGAGGCGGCUACUCCAUCAGUGGGAACGUUGGAGGAAUUUCAGUUGGAGGAACCAUUGGAUCGCACGGAGCUUCGGCCCAUGCGACAGGAGGAAUCAUUGGCUCUGGAGUUCAGGCGCACAGAGGAAGUGGUACGUAUCAACAGAGCCACCACUCCUACUCCUCUUCAAAUCAUUAGGAAGGAUGCUCUUUCUUAAUGUUCAAUGUUUAAUCACAUCUUCUUCACUUUUCCCCCCUUCACAACUUGUUGCCGUUCCAAUGUAUCCCGUGUCUUACUUUCAUUCUCGAGCAGAUCUUGAUUAGUUAGCAGAAAUGACUUUUCCCCCUGCAUGCCUCCUCUGUCUCUGCUAAUUAAAGUGUUGUCCCAUGCAAUACCAAAUGAGCCGGUUUACGGUUUUUUCGACACCAAAUAACCUGAAACGGUGAUAGCAGACUGUAUGCCUGAGUUUCUCAUAAUGUUUACAUUUAGUCGUCGACGCUUUCCUUGUCUCUUUCAAUGUUUAUUCCGCUCGUUUGAUUGUAAAUCUCUAUUCUAUCUCUGAAAGUUUUUAUUUUGUAUGAAAGUAAAUAAAUUCUGCUGCUAAUCAAGAUGCUGCGCAUGCAAUUGGAACUUUGGAAACUACUGAAAAACGUACACAAGUAUCAACAGAGAAACAUACAGAAAAAUUGUCAUCCACCCCAAUAUCAAUAUUCCCAUGUUUCCCUAAUACCGAGUGCUUGCCUGGGGGGUAUUAUAAAAAUUGAAAACUGAA